AUGGAGCACAUGCGAGGGCGCAGCCACCAUGGAAGUUUUGGAAGUCCGCCACCACCAGAUCGCAAAAGUACUAGGAGAUCAGCACCUCCGGAUGUCCGAAGCAUCAAUUUCGUAUCAGCCAGAGGAGCACAACCCGCUCAACAGCUCUCCCGAUACUUCCCCGAAAAGAAGGGCGUAAACUUCCGCAGCUGGACCACUCCAAGAAAUUUACUGUGGCCUAUGCCUUCAAUACAUAAAGGAAGUAGGAGCCGAACUCGUGAAAUUUGUAUGUGUAUUUGUGUAUAG